CAAUGCCAGGUCGGUUCUUACGAGUUUUCCCAUUGUCAGUCAAACAAUGCCAACAAGUUUAAAACAGGCAUUAAAAACUCACUUCGGCUUCGACGGCUUCAGGACUAAGCUACAGGAAGAUGUUGUCAAGGCUGUCAUCAGAGGUGACAGAGAUGUAUUCGUGUGUAUGCCCACCGGAGCAGGAAAGUCCCUCUGCUACCAGCUGCCGGCGGUGCUGGCCCAGGGCAUCACCCUGGUUAUAUCCCCGCUAAUCGCCCUCAUCCAGGAUCAAGUGGAUCGCCUGAAGAGUCUUAACAUCCCCGCCUGUUCCAUCAACUCCAAGCUCCUAGCAGGUGAGCGCCGUCUGAUCCUGGCCGACCUGGGGAGCAGCAGCCCCAAGCUGAAGCUUCUCUACAUUACUCCGGAGAUGGUGGCCUCACCAUCAUUCCAGCCGUGCCUGACAGACCUUUCCUCCCGUGGCCUGCUGUCCUAUCUGGCGGUGGACGAGGCACACUGCGUCUCUCAGUGGGGUCACGAUUUCAGACCGGACUAUCUCAAACUGGGAGAGCUGCGUUCUCGCUUACCAGGAGUCCCCUGCUUAGCUUUGACAGCAACGGCACCCAAGAAUGUGCAAGAGGACAUUCUUCAGUCGCUGCGGCUGCGCCAGCCGCUGUCCUUCGCGACGCCUGUCUUCCGCAGCAACUUGCACUACGACGUGAUCUUCAGGGAGCUGCUGCCAAACCCCUAUGUCCACCUCCACGCCUUUGUUAAGAAAUCACUGGGACUGGACAGCGGGUCAACUGGACAGGGAUGUGGGAUCGUAUACUGUCGGACCAGAGAAGGCUGUGAAACGGUGGCCUUCCAGCUCACCAAGCUUGGAGUUUUAUCCAAGCCUUAUCAUGCAGGUUUAAAAGCAAGCGAUCGCACAGAAGUCCAGAAUGAGUGGAUGCAGGGGAAGGUGCUGGUUAUUGCUGCUACCAUCAGCUUUGGGAUGGGAGUGGAUAAGGCCAAUGUCAGAUUUGUAGCUCACUGGAACCUCGCAAAGUCUCUGGCCAGCUACUACCAGGAGUCUGGCCGUGCAGGAAGAGACGGCCUGCCCUCCUCCUGUCGUACCUACUACUCGGCGAAGGAUAAAGAGCAAAUUCUUUUCCUCAUUCGACAGGAGGUGUCCCGUAAACAGGAGAAACGCGGCUCGGCAAAAGAAUCUGACAAAACAGCCAUCACUGACUUCGAAGCUAUGGUGUCAUUCUGUGAGCAGGAAGGUUGUCGCCACACCACCAUCUCCAAGUUCUUUGGCGACAAGCCGCCGAACUGCGCGAAGGCCUGCGAUUUCUGCGCCAACCCCAAAGUGGUGCGGGCCCAGAUCGCCCGAGCAGCGGCCCUCAGCAGCCGGGUCAACACGGCUCAGAGCAGCGGGCCCAAAGGGCCGUUCGGAUUUCGGCCGGACCUUUACGAGGGCGGGAGGAAGGGCUACGGCUUUGAAAGGUUUGAUGAAGGAGAGGACGGUAACGACGAAGAUGACGGCACCAAGAGGAAGAAGGAGUUUUCGGACCUCUUCAAGAAGCAGAUGAGCCUGCGCAAGGGCAACAACGAUCACGAGCAAGAUUUUAUUCCUCCAGAUGACGACUGCCCGCUCCGAGAGGCCAGCAGCCAGAGGAUUCCCAGGCUCACCGUGAAGGCCAGGGAGCACUGCCUGACCCUGCUGCAGGAGGCACUGUAUGGCCAGCAGGGGGCAGAACAUGACUCCAGCACUUUAUCACUGGCUGUGGACAUUGAACACAAAGUCUUCAAAAACAGCAAAUCUGCCAACGUAUACAAGGCUGCUGUCCUGAAGAAGGUGACAGACAUGAAGAAAGCAGCACCAGCCUCACUGGGGAAUGAACAAGACGGCACUGGCAUCGACAGCGGCGAGACCGAGACGAAGCAGAGAGAGGAAACGCCCCCCUCUGCUUCCUCGGUGUCCGAUGACCUGCAUGGAUUCACUUCUGCGUCCCAGAUCUACUCAAUGAAGCGUAAGAGAAUAGGAGCAGGCCAGCGAGGCUCAUCCGACCCCUUCGUCACCGCAAAGAAGCUCCUGGAGUUAGAGGCCGCCUCCACCAAGGCGGCAGGAUGCGGCGGGUUUGUGAACGUCGGCUCCGGAGAGGCGACCGCUAAAGAACACGGGGAGGGAACGAAAGAUACAAGCACGGAUACGGCAGCAGCCGUAUCUUCCUCCAUCAGAGCCAGAGCAAACGCCGUCAGUGCCUCCCUGAGCAGCCCCACAAAGGGAGGCAGAGCCUUAAGCAAGAAGCAGCAAAAGCUGGCAGAAGCCGCCAAGAGCUCCCGGAGCAUUUCCCAGUACUUCACCAAGAAACAAACACCAGAUCAAAGCCAGGUGGCGGAGACGCCGGAGGAACCGGAUGCUACGUUAUCUCACUCUCCCACUGCGAAUCCGCCAGAGAACGCCGGCCGGGAACAACACUCGCCAGCUGCUGCGCAGGAAGUGGAGGGCAGCCCCGUGGAAUCGGAGACCGAGGAUGUGAUCCUCGUGGAACGGGAAAGUGAAGUUAUAGUUUUAAGUGACGAUAAAGAGGAUAUUCCACCCGAGGAGGAGACCGUUAAGGUCAUUCAGGACGCUCCUCGGCAGGAAACAGCGUCCCCGACAGAACAAAAUGAACCUGAAGUAGCAGCUGAUGUGACUGCAGUGAAAGAGAUAAGAGAUGAUACGAAAUCCACCGGCGGGACUUCCCCUCCGGCGAAGCGAAGCCGCCGAUCCAGUGGGAGCAACAGGAGAGUGAGCUUCAACCCCAACGUGGAGGAGAGGGCGCUGCACCCGGCCGGCGAGCCCCCGAAGGCCGUGACCCUCAAAGAAGCAGCCGAUAUCGUCGUUCGCUACCUGGAUCCGUUUUACUCUCAGGGAAAGUUUGCCACAAAGGAGCUGUUCAAGUCUUUCGCUCGCUUCUUGUCGCACCUUCUUGCGGAAGGGCGAAGCAGGGAAAAAAAUCAAGUUAAAGCCGACGCCAAAGCUCUCAUCAGGAAGUUCUUCAGCACAGUGAAGCGCUGCGAGAACGAGGCCGACUGGAAGCACCUCGGAGGACCGCCCAGCUGCUCCGCCUCGGAGAACCAUCAGUGACGGGAAGGCAGGUCGGCCUCUCUCAGGGUCCGCCGCCUUUCUGUUUUAUGUCGCCAGUGCCUAAGAUUCUCUUAUUCCAGAGAUCAGAGAUCCCUGCUGACCAGGCCUGCUGCUCGAGCUCUGCUUUUGUUUUCUUUCUCUCAAGCUAACUGCUGAUGAAGCAAUAGGAUGAACACAACAGCGCACACUUAUGUGAUGAACGUUUUAGCUUCUUCAAUAUCAAUCCUGUACUGUUCAAUGUCCGUUUGUGAAGCACUCUGUCGAUUCAACUGUAAAAUUGGGAUAAAUAAGAGAAGAUGGAAUAUUUCAUUAUCAGACUGCACUUGAUGUAAACCAAGUUUGAAUUAUCUCUAUCUUGAUUUUCAUACUGAACCUUCAUGCAUGGAAGCAAAAGCUGCAGCUGGGAGCGCUGUAACGUCAGAAUCUGCCUCAGAUGUUGGCCUGACUCUGAAUUCUCACAGCCGAGAAAGUACCAGCGUGCAUCACGACAUUGCAGUGACUGCUUCACGAUCCGCAUAUUGUGGCGUUACUUAGCGGGGGUCACCAAAUCUAGUUCAAUUAGGUUUGAAAAAAAUUGGAUUCUCCUCCUGUGGCACCUAAAAAAGGCUGCUGUUUCUUUGUAAAUCAAAGUUUAGGAGACAUAAUUGGACCAGACGAUGGUGCCACAGUCAAGGCUUAAUUUAUUGUGUGGUUAUCAAGCAUGUAUCUUGGAUGGACCCACAGACAGAAAUGCUUUACCUUGGACAGAAGAUGAUAUGAUAAAUGCUUCUGUGUUAGGAGGUGUGAGGAGAUUUUGUAAUCGCUGCUAAAUGUUGUUUGUUUGGCUGCUAAAACUGUUGAUACCAGGAAAAAAAAAAAGAAUAUAGGAUGAUUUUUGAUAUGAAACGGUCCAGUUUGUUUGUUUUUCUAUUUAAAGUGAGCCAAUUUCAGUUUGGGUCCUCUGCUGUCUUUUUAUUUGUGGUAGAGCUGUUUUCUCUUUCAUUUCCAGUGACGGGACGACUCUUUGUGUUAGUGCCUGGCAGGACUGUGGAGGUUUCUGUGUCCAUGCUGUCAGUAGGGCACUGAGGCGCGCUUGAAGCACUGACGGACAUAAAGUCCUGACUGUGCUCAGCUCUGAAAUGUUUACAAUAAAGCUGAAGA